AUGGCUCAAUACUUUCUUGACCUUUUAUAUACACUCACAAACUGCAUGAGUUGUUUUCCGGGCUCUCCGCAGCUGAAAAUUAAUAAUCGCAGUUUUAAAAUUCUGCGAUUGUUGGGUGAAGGCGGCUUUUCAUAUGUCUACCUCGUGCAGGAUACCAGCGAUGACAACACAUAUGCAGUGAAGAAGAUAAGAUGUCCCUUUGGACAGGAAUCCGUGGCUCAAGCUAUGAAGGAAGUCGAAGCAUACGCGCUCUUCUCACCACAUCCGAAUAUAAUUCAUAGUGUCGAUUACUGCGUCUCAGCGGAUCGUUCGGAUCCUGGGGCUAAGACCGUGUAUAUCCUACUUCCAUAUUACAGGCGAGGUAAUUUACAGGAUAUCAUCAAUGCGAACCUGGUAAACCAUACGAAAUUCCCGGAAAAGAGAUUGAUGGUUUUGUUUUUAGGGGUUUUAAAUGCAUUGAAGGCAAUGCAUCAAUACAAGGUUAAGGGAGGCCCAGGUGGUGCGAGUAGUGUGAAUAAGGCGAAGAAAGUGAGGGCGGAUGCGGCGAGGGCAGAUGAAGAUGCAGAAGAGGAAGUGGAAUCAAGGAGGGGUAGACAAGGAGGGAGAGAAACCGAUCCGGAUAGUGAACAGCAGGAGCCACUUAUGGAUGGUGAAGUUACAAUGAGUCAGGAAGGUAUUGCACCAGGAGGAGCUAGGGCAUAUGCGCAUAGAGAUAUCAAACCAGGAAACAUCAUGAUUGAUGACGACGGCGUACAACCCAUUCUCAUGGAUCUCGGAUCUCUAGCUCCGUCCCCGACGCCGAUAACCUCGCGAUCACUCGCCCUUGCAGUACAGGAUCAAGCAGCCGAACAUUCCACUAUGCCCUACCGCGCCCCCGAACUUUUCGAUGUAAAAACCGGCAGUACAAUCGACACCAAAGUCGACAUCUGGUCAUUAGGCUGCACAUUAUACGCUUGUCUCGUAGGAAAAUCACCCUUUGAGAUGCGCAGUGAUGAGACAGGAGGAAGUCUAAGCAUUUGUGUAUUAGGCGGCGAUUGGCGCUUCCCAGAUGAAGGAGCCGGUGGAAAAAAGAAGACGACGAACCAAACGGGACAAACUGAAGAUAGUGGUAUCAGCGAGAGUAUCCGCGAGGUGGUGCGGAAAUGCUUGAGGGUCGAACCCAGCGAAAGACCUGAUGUGGAUGAAUUGAUGGAGAUUGUAAGGGGGGUAAUUGAUGAAUUGCCCGAGGACGGGCCUUCAUGA